AAUUUUAAAAAGUUUUCAUUUUCACACUUCACUAGAAAAAAAAAAAAAAGAAAGAAAAAAAGUAUAGAAAACCGUCCGAUUUGAAUCCGAGGGUGAUGACAGAUAUGGUUGUGAUUGGUUGAAUUGAAAUCAGCGUCAGAAGAACGCUAAAAGGGGAAGAAAUUUAAGGGAAAACAAAUUGAAGCUUUGAAUAAACAAAGAGAUGGGUUGAAAAUGGAAUCCACCACCAGUCCCGCCAUUUGAGGUCUCUCUUUUAGUUUUAUUCACUGCUUAAAAUUCAACCCCGUUUCCGUCUCUCUGAUGAACACGACCCAACAAAACAGUUCAAAGAAAUGAUGCGUAAUUGGAUAAUUAUUCAAUUAUUCAUGGAGAGAGAAGAACAGUGGAUGUGAAAUUUGAGAUGGGAUUUUCUUUUCUUUUUUUCUCCCUUUUCCUCUUUCCCACUUGUUUUUUUUAUUCUGUUUUGUUAAUUGAAUAAAUGGGGUUACUGUAAUUGUAAUUACAAGGGGGGGCGUGUGGAAGCCGAGCAGAGAGUUCAAAGCAAAGCCGGCUCUUCUUCUUCCAACUCUGGUCUUCAUUUUCACUGUACAGACUCAGUUAAUCUAUCUCACACGAAACCUUUUGUUUUUCCCCCAACGACCCUCUUCUCUUCAACAUCCUUUAUUCCUAUUUCUAUACUGUUUCGAUUCUUCUACUUUCUCUUUCUCUCUGUUUGGUUCUUCGUUUUUCACCUACCCGAUCGGGGGGAAGGUUCUGGAGUACUGAAAUUUUUAAAGAACGGACAGAUUUGGACUGAUCCUUGAUGUGAUUUCUUUGCUUCUCGUUGUAAUUGGAUUGGAUUUUGAGUCCUUGAUUCUGGCGGCGUUUAAGAUCAAUUCUUCCAUUUGUUAUUGUGUUCUUGGGGAGUAAAAAGAUUCUUUGGAUUGGGUUUUUGAUUUGAGGAUAUGGGUUGUUUUCCUUGUUUCGAUUCGAGGGAGGAGGAGAAGUUGAAUCCUGAAAAGGAAAGCGAUGAUGGUAAGCAAGACCAUCCAAUGGUUCCACCAAACAUUGCCAAGUUGCCUUCUGGAAUAGACAAACUUAGAUCGAAAAGUAAUGGAGGUUCCAAAAGGGAACAGCAGAUUCCGACGCCUCUUGUCAAUAUUUCUGCUCAAACAUUCACUUUUCGUGAGCUUGCAACAGCUACGAAGAAUUUUAGACCAGAGUGUUUUAUUGGGGAAGGAGGAUUUGGACGUGUAUACAAAGGGCGGCUUGAAAGCACAGGCCAGAUUGUUGCUGUUAAACAGUUGGAUAGGAAUGGUCUUCAAGGCAACAGAGAAUUCCUAGUGGAAGUUCUCAUGCUUAGCCUUCUGCAUCAUCCAAAUCUGGUGAAUCUGAUUGGUUAUUGUGCUGAUGGGGAUCAACGACUUCUUGUGUAUGAGUUCAUGCCUUUGGGAUCAUUGGAAGACCACCUUCACGAAAUUCCACCUGAGAAGGAACCCCUAGAUUGGAACACAAGAAUGAAAAUAGCUGCUGGUGCAGCCAGAGGUUUAGAGUACUUGCAUGACAAGGCCAACCCUCCAGUUAUUUAUAGAGACUUCAAAUCUUCCAAUAUAUUACUUGAUGAAGGAUACCAUCCAAAGCUUUCUGAUUUUGGCCUUGCAAAGCUUGGCCCUGUUGGAGAUAAAUCUCAUGUUUCCACCAGGGUCAUGGGAACAUAUGGUUACUGUGCUCCCGAAUACGCCAUGACUGGACAAUUAACUGUCAAAUCUGAUGUUUAUAGUUUCGGUGUUGUCUUCUUAGAGUUGAUUACUGGAAGGAGAGCCAUUGAUAGCACCCGACCCCAAGGAGAACAGAAUCUUGUCACAUGGGCACGACCGUUUUUUAACGAUCGCAGAAGAUUCUCGAAAUUGGCUGAUCCACAGUUGCAGGGGCGGUAUCCGAUGAGAGGUCUCUACCAGGCUUUAGCUGUGGCAUCCAUGUGUACCCAAGAACAGGCUGCCGCCCGUCCGCUCAUUGGAGAUGUGGUUACUGCCCUGUCUUAUUUAGCAAAUCAAUCAUACGAUCCAAGUUCUCCUUCAGGUACUGCUGCUGCUGCUGGUACUGCCGCUCAGAGAGGUUCUGGUGACCGGGAUGAAAGACGGAACAGAGACGAGAAAGGUGGAGGAGGGAUGGUAAAGAAUGAAGAAGGGGGAGCUUCUGGACGAAGGUGGCCAUUGGAUGGUCCCGAGAAGGAUGACUCCCCAAGGGAGACUGCUAGGAUUUUGAAUAGGGAUUUAGACAGAGAGCGUGCAGUUGCCGAGGCCAAGAUGUGGGGAGAAAAUUGGCGAGAAAAACGACGGCAGAGCACACAAGGCAGUUUUGAUGGCUCUAAUGGAUAAAGUAAAUGCAAUUAGAAGAAGAUAUGCAAAAGGAAUGAUCACCUCUGUUACCUCGUCUCCUUUCCUGCACUAUGUUUGAUCAGUUGAGUAAGAACGAAGAAGUUCCAAUGUUCGAAGGGCUUAUUCAAGCUUCUAAAUCAUUGCUCAUAGGCUGCAACUCUGUCACUUGUAAGCAGCAAAAGCAAUUGAUGUAGGGGUUGGGGUUGGUCCUUAAGGGACCUGGUCGAUACUUUUUCUCAACUUUGUUCAAUUAAAAUUUUCCUCUUUUAUAUGAAUUCACUAAACUUACACAUGAGGAAGAAGAAAAAGAAGAAGAAGAAGAAGAAGAAGAAGAAGAAGAAGAAGAUGAUGAUGAUGAUGACGUGAAGAAGAAGAAAAGGCAAGCAUGGUGGAGGAGAAUGUAGAGAAAGAGAGAGAGUCAGGAAUUGAAAAGGUGAGAGUUGGCAUUUUUUAUUCGCUUAUGUCCUGUAUGAACGAAAGAGAUACAAAACUGUUUGAAUCAGCCAAUUUUGCUAUUUUCUUCUUCCUAUCAAA